AUGGACGAAAAUAGGGGAUUAUCGUUGUCGGUACCGUCUACAAGGCCUUCGAUAACGCUCCCGCCACGUUCGACGGUGGAGACUUUGUUCGCCGGCGGAGGCAGCGGUCCGGGAGCUAGUCCUGGACCAAUGACUUUAGUAUCAAAUUUCUUCUCAGAGAACGAUCCGGAUUCCGAUUGUCGUUCAUUCUCUCAACUUCUAUCCGGAGCUAUGUUGUCGCCGGCAGAGAUUCCCGACCGUAGACCGUCGAGUCAUCUGGAUAUCCGACACUCUUAUUCUAACAAAGAGUCCGUUAACAGCGGCGGUGGCGGUGGCGGUGGUGGCGGAAACGUUGACUUUCAGUUUAGUAACAAUGGUCGGCCUUCAAGUUUGGUGGUUACUCAGCCGUCGAUGUUUACUAUACCUCCGGGCCUAAGUCCGGCUACCUUGCUCGAUUCACCGGGAUUUUUCCCUCAAACUCAGGCUUCUCUUGGAAUGUCCCACCAACAAGCAUUAGCUCAAGUGACAGCACAAGCUUCAUCACUACCACCAAUCCAUUCCUUUACCUCCACCGCCGCCACCUACCACCGCCUGCCGCCAGCUAAGCCGGAGCACAACACCGCAAAGGACUCAUCUGACCUAUCAAAUUCCGAUAACCGCUACCACCCUUCCUCCAUAGCAGUCGAUAAGCCAGCUGAUGAUGGCUACAAUUGGAGAAAAUAUGGGCAAAAACAAGUAAAGGGUAGUGAAUACCCUCGUAGUUAUUACAAAUGUACCCAUCCAAAUUGUCCUGUUAAGAAGCAAGUUGAGCGGUCUGUAGAGGGGCAAGUUACGGAAAUUAUUUAUAAGGGGCAGCACAACCACCAGCCACCUCAAAGCAAACGCGGAAAAGAUUCUAGUAAUGGUACUUCAAGCGUAAACGAACAUAAAUUCGAGGGGCAGAUUGGUAAUUUUAACCAUUCGUUGAUGAAAGAUCAAGAAUCUAGUCAAGCUACGUAUGAGCAUUCGGGGUCGAGUGAUAGUGAGGAAGUGGGUAAUGAUGUAAGUCGAGUAGAUGAAAGACAUGAAGAUGAACCUCAACAAAAAAGGAGGAACAUAGAGGCAAGGGGUGUGGACCCCGUUUCAUCACACCGAGGAGUUACAGAACCUCGGAUCAUUGUUCAAACAACUAGUGAAGUCGAUCUUCUUGAUGAUGGGUAUAGAUGGAGAAAGUAUGGACAAAAAGUUGUGAAAGGAAAUCCUCAUCCAAGGAGUUAUUACAAGUGUACAAGCCAAGGGUGCAAUGUACGCAAGCAUGUAGAGAGAGCUGCAAGUGAUCCAAAAGCUGUGAUAACCACAUACGAAGGAAAACACACCCACGAUGUGCCGGCGGCUAAAAACAGCAGCCAUAAUAUGGCCGCCAACACCGAUAACAUAGUUCGACUUGGUUACAAGAAAAAAGAAGUAGAAAUUAGUUCAAAGUUGAUAUCGUGUACACUAAUACCUGAAAAAAGUUCCAUGAAUUGUUGUAAAUUUUACAAAAGAAGGUGUGUGUUGUUUUGUAUUUUUGGUUCCAUUUUCAUGUUAUAACCUUGAACACAUUGUUUUUUUUUUGUCGAUGUUGUGUUGUGUACCAUGAAUUUGAAAAGUUAAGCGAAGGUUCGGAUUUGGGUGCAUCUUGUGGAUUUCUUUUGUGCAUUUAAAUUUCAAACAUAGAAUCAUUAAUUAUGUUUUUUGCAAUGAAUGAGAAUAAAUGAC